CAAAAUAAUAAGAAAGAUAAAUCUGUCGCCACUGUAAAUAUACAUUUUGACCGGAAAAUGUCUACGAGCUCCGGCCGGCGGGUGGUGGGAACAAAGUUCUUCAAAAUCAUAUUGAACCCCGAAGCAGACCGUAUAAGAAUCCCGCCCGAGUUUACAAAGAGAUACGGUCACGAUCUUCCCAGCCGUGUUUUCCUAAAGGUUCCGACUCGGCCGCCAAUGGAGGCCGAAUUGACUCGGUGUGAUGACGGUCAAACUUGGAUACACAAAGGAUGGCAGGAAUUCAAAGACAGUCACUCGAUCUGUUUCGGUUAUCUCCUGUUGUUCGAAUACGAUGGGAAAUCCGAGUUUAAAGUCCUCAUUUUCGACAAGGGUGCUGUAGAAAUAAUUUAUGACAUUAAUGGUGUUGCAAAUGCGAACAUUGAUCGAGACCUGCAGACAUAUUUUUCCACACCUCUCCUUGAUUAUUUUAGUCCAAAUCAUAUUCCGGUGUCUUAUGAAUUUAUAAGGGGACAAAUUGAUUUCGUGGAUGAGCAGAUUUUGUUCGCUCGGGCACAACUUGAGAAAUUCAGCGCCAUGCGUGCACAAUUUGCUGCUCUCGUUUCUUCUCAAGCAAAGGCCAUACAAGGUUCGAGUGGUGGCCAUUGUGCUGAUGUGGCGAAUGCUGAUCGUGUGCAUGUUAUUUCCGAUGAUGAUGAUGAGGAUGAUGGUGAUGGAGAUGAUGGUGCUGAUGUUGAUGAUGAUGAUGAUGACAACAGUGAUGUUGAUGAGACUAAAUACCCAAUACACGAUAAAAAAAGGAAUGACAAAGGCAAAAAUCAAGAAGUCAUGAAAACAAGGAAAGGCAAAGCUAAAGAUCAAGAAAUCAUGCGUGGUAUUUCCUCUCGUCUGAAAGAAGAAAGACCCAAUUUCGAUGGAUCAAGUUCUGGCGUAAGGGAAACGUGGGAUGCAUAUCAGAAAGCAGAGGAUUACGUCUCCAGCCGCGCUAGAAAAAACCCGUUUUUCAUUUCUGUCAUGCGCAAAUCCUAUGUCCGAAACAAAUACAGCAUGUAUGUACCAUUUCCAUUUUGUGGACGGAAUUUGCCACAUUUGGGCACUUUGUCAAUAGUUUUGGUCACGAAUGGGAAAGAAUGGCUCGUGAGAUGCCGCAAUGCAAAAUCCCGUGCAGAGUUUUUGACAAUUGGAUGGAGGAAAUUCGUGCAGGAUAAUGGGAUUAAGCUUGGUGAUGCUUGCGUAUUUGAAGUGGCGGAUAGAAUCGAUAGUAAGGGCAAUGAGCUGGUGUGGGAUGUCUUUAUUUUUCGCAACUGAUAGGGCAGUUGGAUGUGUCCCUGCCUAGUUUCAGCUGUCAUCUUGUUGUGAAUUGAAGCCACUUUCUGAUUUUGCAAUAUGUUUUUGUGACUUUGGGGAUAUGUAAGGUUUUAGUGGUGUGGCUACCAAUCAUUUUGACCUAAUAAACUUGUUUUAGUGCAUUUGGGGCUUUGGUUUUUGCUAAAUGCCAUCUAAAGUGUAUGUUAGUGUUACCCUGAUUUGUAUUGGUAUUGGUAUUUUUGAC